UUUGUGUAAAGUGCUGGAGAGAAGGAUUUUCACGUCGUAUUUUAUACCGAGUCCAGGUAAUGUACACGAUGUUUAACGUUUUGAUUGUGCAUUGAACGACGCUCGCCGUUCCUUUGUGUGUAUCGUGCAUUUUACCUCGCAGCCGUCGUCAAAAAAUGGCAUCCCGUAAGAAAGUGUUGUUGAAAGUGAUUAUUCUCGGGGAUUCAGGAGUCGGAAAAACUUCUUUAAUGAAUCAAUAUGUUAAUAAGAAGUUUAGUAACCAAUAUAAAGCGACGAUAGGGGCAGAUUUUUUGACUAAAGAAGUAAUGGUGGAAGAUAGAAUAGUUACUAUGCAGAUUUGGGAUACUGCCGGACAAGAGAGGUUUCAGUCAUUAGGAGUGGCAUUUUACCGAGGCGCAGACUGUUGUGUGCUAGUAUUUGAUGUGUCUGCUCCGACUAGCUUCAAAUCUCUUGAUUCAUGGAGAGAUGAAUUCUUGAUUCAAGCUUCGCCUCGGGAUCCAGACAAUUUCCCAUUUGUUGUUCUCGGAAAUAAAGUAGAUCUUGAGUCAAGAGCAGUGUCAAGCAAGAGAGCACAGCAAUGGUGUCAAUCAAAGAACAAUAUUCCAUACUUUGAAACUAGUGCAAAAGAAGCUAUUAAUGUUGAGCAAGCUUUCCAAACGAUAGCUAAAAAUGCUUUAGCUCAAGAAAGUGAAGUCGAACUUUACAAUGAAUUCCCGGAUCAAAUCAAAUUGACCAAUGACCAAAGAAGCAAUGGCAAAGGUGAUUCAUGUGCUUGCUAGGUCUUGGAGUAGCGGUAAUCUUGGUUGACUACAAAAAUGCACAGGUCAGAUUGUACAUUCAUGUGCCUGUGCGUAAAGGACGUGGAGAAUAUAUUGCGAUGAGCUUUAUGUGUGCAGGAAGUCACAAGAAUAUAUUUCUUUAUCUUAAUGUAUCAUACAAUCUCCUUAUGUCCACAAAAUAUCUCAAUAUUCUCAAGAUAAUUCUGUUGAAAUGCGAAAUCAUUAGCGUACGGUAAAAAUAACAAAGUAAAUCAUACAUGAAGGAAUGUGUACAAAAAUAUUGAUAUAUAAUUGUUUUUAUAAACAUGUGGGAGUAAGGUAUAUUUAUCCGACUUCCUGACUAAAUAUCGCAAUUCUAAAGCAGUACACUCCCGCUGGAUUUAAUUUAUCACACAUGAAUUCCCGUCUCUAUGUUAUUUUGUAAUCGCAGAUUUACGUUAGAGAUAGUUUAGAUAAUAUAAUGCUCUCUUAUCAGCGAAGCAUAUGAACUUUUUACCUAGGUUUUUGAUGAUUUAUGGUUAAUUUGUUUUCAACGAAACGAUAUAACCGUGGUUCUUAAAUGAUAGCGGCUAUUUAUUGCACUAGAAAGAAUGAUAUACGGGCCGGGAACACGGUUAGCGGUACAAUUAGUAAAUUAUAAUAAAAGAAUUUGCUCAUAAUUUGUUAAGUAUAAUUGCAUUUACAAAUGAGCUCUAGCACACAGCUUAUUCUCUUAGACAGAACCAAAUGUUUGCCCCGUGUAAAUGGUUCUUAUAAAAUAGAACAGAAAUAAGAUAAAGAUACAAUAAAGUUAUUAAGAUACUUUGUAGUAUAUCUUAUUAUAAUCUAUUUUAAUGAAUUCGAAAUUUAAUACAGAUGUAUAAUGUAAA